AUGUUAGUAAUCAAUAAAUCAAGUAUCUGCUUAGCAGGGUGGUGAAGAUACAUAGAACGUAAAUCUGCAUUUACGAGAAUCAAUUUUUGUAAUUAGUAAAAAAAAAGUGUAAAUUAUAUUAACAAUUAUGUCGUACAAUACGAGAAAUAACCGAGGUGGAAAUUACCAAGCCGCAUCUUCACCAGCAACCCGUGGUAAUACGAAUUUCGUACAUGGUGGACAAUAUAAACCAAAUGAUCGUCCAUUAAUUCAAAUGCCGAAUCAACAAUCAAAAUCAUUGAUGCAGCAACAAGGUACCCCAAAUCAAAAACAGCAACAACAGCAGCAAUACCAAGCACAACAGCAACAACAAGUCACUCCACAAUAUCAAACAACUACAACUAAUGUUGCUCAACAGCAAACACCAAUCAAGUCUAUUAUGAAGACGAAACCUGAACCAGUUGCAACACCUAAAGUGGAAAACAAUUCGAAUAUUGAUGGAAAUGGCGUAGAAGGAACAAAUGAUGGUACAAAACCAAAACGUCCAUGGAAUACAGGAGUAAACAAAUUGAGUAAAAAAGAAAGACGAAGUCGUAGAAAUAAACGUAUUGGAAAACUUGUACGGCCAAAGAAUGCAAUUAUGGUAUUGAACGAAUUAUGUGGCGGAGCAUCAUUGAAAUUUGAUGAUAUUGGUACCCAAAACGGAUUAUUUGGCGUUGCUGUCUCUAUUGAUAAUACCAGAUACGAAGCAUUUGCCUCAUCUAAGAAUGGUGCCAAACAGAAAGCUUGUGAAAAUGCAUUAAAAGGUUACAUUGCAUCGAAAAUUAAGGCAAAACAACAAGGAAACACUUCUGCGGAAUCAAUGGAAACAGAAGAUAGUAAACCUGAAGAUGAAGAUGCAGGAGAUGAUGUAUCUUGGUGUCAUUUGGCUUCGUUUGCAUUGUAUAAAUUAAUGGAUUCAUGGCAAGAUGUUAGUGAAAUCAUGCAACCCGAUGCAAUCUUCCAAAAAAUUCAUCAAAAACCAUCCAGUACACCAAAACCAAUUAAAGAAUUACCAGCAAAUGCAGCCGACAUUCAUCCUGUCAUGUUAUUACAUCAAAUGCGCCCGGGUAUUGUUAUCGAGGAUGUUAGCUCAUCUGGCCAAACACCACAUAUUAUUUAUACCGUUAAAGUGAAUAUUGAUGGUGAUCAAAUCUUUGGACAAGGUCCAAACAAAAAGUCAGCCCGAAAAAAUUGCGCUCAAGCAGCAAUGGAAAAACAUUUUGGUGUUGUAUAUCCACCACCACCCGCUCCAGUUGCACCGGCAGCUACUGCCCAACAACCCUCAGCAUUUCCAGUAGCUUAAAUUUCAAAGAAUUUCUAUUUUCCCUUUGAAAGGAAAUUAUGUAUUAUUUUUAUUUAUAAGUCUAAAUAAUUUCAUUAGG